GUAUCUAAUAGGUAUCUGUUACACAGCGAAACAUUACACGGUACACCGCACACGUAUACAUAUAUUUCAUACCAAACUAUAGACCGGCUGGUUCACAGUUAACUGUUUAGUUUAGUUUGUGGCCCGACUGUCGGCUUUGAAGAACAAAAUAAUAUCAUCGACGGGUACUAUUUAUAAUUAUUUCACUCCUUCGCGAUAAACUCGAAAAUCGUAAGGAAAAUGACUUAUAAACUGACAUACUUCAACGUAACUGCACUGGCCGAACCCAUCAGAUUUCUGUUAUCUUAUUUGAACACCGAUUUUGAAGAUUACCGUUUCGAUCGUGAAUUAUGGCCCACUAUCAAGCCAACCAUGCCGUUUGGUAAGGUCCCAGUUCUGGAGAUUGAUGGGAAAACAUUGAAUCAGUCCACCGCAAUCACUCGUUAUUUGGCCAAAAAAGCAGGAUUAACAGGAAGUGACGAUUGGGAAGCUUUGCUUAUUGAUAUUGCUGUUGACAAUGUUCAUGAUUUCAGACAAGCACUUGCUGGUUACUUUUACGAUGCCAAUGAAGAAUCGAAGAAGCUAAAAUAUGAACCACUCUUGAAAGAAACAAUUCCGUUUUACAUGGACAAGUUUGAGAGCAUUGUUGCAGAAAAUAAAGGAUACUUUGUGAAUGGGAAGUUAACUUGGGCUGACUUGUUUUUUGUAGCAGUUUUGGACUAUUUAAACUAUAUGGCAGGUAUUGACUUGUUAGAUGGCCGUCCACAACUACAAGCCCUUAAAGCAACAGUUGUUGCCAUUCCGCAAAUAAAAGCUUGGAUAGCAAAACGUCCAGUAACUCCUUGAACUCAUUCUUCUUUGACAUCAAAGAAAUCAAAUUUAAUAUAAAGCAGUAUUUAAUAACUGAAGACUAUUUGCAUUAAGCACAAUAUUUUAUACAUAUAUAUGUAUAUUUUAUGCAUUUCAUGGUAUUAUUAUUAUUAUUUUCAUCAUACACUUUUAUAUAAUAUAGUUAUUUUAAAUAAAACAAAUUUAAACAUA